AAUAAUUGAAGCGUUUCAUUUUGUUUUGCAUGACUCUUCCUCUACUUACCAAUAAUCAAUAAAUAAAAUAAAAGGAUACUAAACACUGGCGAUUGCAGUGAGACCUGUGAAUAUACUUCUUUUCCCAUACAUAUAUAUCUGAACUUUGCCUUCUACAAAAUGAAUUAAAAAAAAGAAAACAUACAUAUCCUCCUGUGUUUAGUUUGAUACACAGAUUAAUAAUAGGUUAGUUUUGAAGAUGGAGGAUUAGAAACUCCCACCAAGGCAAAGAAAAACACAAACAACCUCCUCUACUUGUUCUCAACCCCACAAGAUUCUGAUACACCUUGUUUGGUGCAAAGUGAGGAUCAAAUGCUAAGGAGAGCGAAACAGCCUCCUAAUAAAAAUAAAAAAAAAAGGUGUAGAGGAAAUGAUUACGAUGAUGUGAUAAAGGAGGAAAGGAAGGGAAAACAUGUACAUUUGAUGCCUUCACUGGAUGAUAACUACGGUGAUUCAAAGGAGCCUGAGAAAAAAUCGACAUACGCCAAUACAUCUAUGCCGGAUACUGAUUGUGGUUUAGGAUUAUGUGAUCAAAGUGGGGUGCUGCCUGAAGGAUUAAUUAAGGAAAAAACUGGAUCGUCAUUAUCAAGUUCGUGGUCCAAGGAAGAUGAAAUCACAAUCCUUAAGGGAUUGGUGAGGCUCAAAACUGAAAAUGAGAUUAAAUCGAAAAAGAUAGACUAUAUUGCACUUUAUGAGUCAAUCAAACAAUUUCUUCAUCGUGAAUCAGACAUAGAAGACUUGAAAAAGAAAGUGAAGUGUCUUAGGGAGAAAUAUAAGAAAAAUUUAAAGAAGGCAAAGACUCCGAGCGUCCCACACGAGGAAGAGUUAUUCCACUUAAGUGAUAAAUUUUGGGGUGACGGUGACAAGGAUCAUGAGAUUAACCAACAAAUUACUUGCCAUAGUAGUGCUCCUUCUUGUUCUUCCAUUAGGCCUUACAAAAGCUUGGAUCUGGAAGCAUCAGAUAAAAUUUUUGUGGGAGAUCUUGGACUAGCUUUAGCAACUAUCAACAGGAAUCAGUCUAAUCCAGUGCAUGUAGCUCUUGAACAAUACAAAUUAGUUUCUCAAAGUUUGAGAAUUAGGAAGUGUUAUGGCAACCAAAUACUGGAGGCGCGGAUAACCCCAAAAAUGGAGGAGCUUUCUGAACUAGAGGAACAAAAGAUAGCAAGGAGCUAUUUUGACACGAAGAUACAACAUGCACUAUUGGUUUUAGAUGCUUAUAAGGCUAGCAAUGGUUUUGAAAACUCUCUUAUAAAUGUAGCAACUGAUUGCGGACUCAAGAAAGAUACACCAAAGGCUAUGAACGAGGGAAACAGUCCACCGGCUACAAUUGGAGGUCAUACACCAAUCACUGGAAAACCUUCAAACACAAGUUCCAAAUCAGUAAGUCAAAUGUGCCAAUCUCAGGAGAGAGAGAAAAAUAAGGAAAUGAAUAUCAAAAACCGAGAAAAUCAAUGUGACUCAAGUAUACCAUCUCACACAGUUCCGAGUUCUAAGGAGAUCAAGGAGAGUGCCACAUCAUUACCGGAUGGAAUGACUGUUGAGGUGCUGGUGAAAGGAAAACCAGAUGGGAAAGUAGCUUCUACAGGAAAGCAGGUGGAAAUUUAUUUUGACGCCAAAUUAAGAGAUACAGGAUGCUUUAUUGGCUCGAACAUUGCUGCUGGAACUCCCCAUAAAUUUUGUCUAGGUCACAAGAAAAUGUUAAAGGGAUUGAACAUUGGCAUUGAAGGUAUGCAAGUUGGUGAAAAGAGAAGACUCAUUAUUCCACCAUCAUUGGGCCCUGGAAGCAACGCUAAGCCACCAAUACUGCCAGACUCAUGGCUUCAGUAUGAUGUUGAAUUGGCUGAUAUAUGUGAAUAAAGAUAAUACAUAGUUACUCCAUUCACAAUGAAUGCAAUUUCUCAGUCCCAGUCUUGUUGAUUAUGGUGAUGUUGGGUAUUUAUUUAACCCGCAUAAAUCUCGAUCUCAAACAUACAAUGUGUUCAUAUGUGGGGUUACUGUCAUGUCUUGGAGCAAAGCAGUCAAUCUGAAAACUAUGCUGAGAUAAUAGUUAUUCAUGAAGCAAGCCGAGAAUAUAGAUAAUGCAACAUGCACAUAGCACAUCUUAAUGGAGGAUUUAUAAAAGGAGAUAGAACGAAGCACACUUCAUCAUAGUUUUUCUAUACACAUGAGCUACAAAAGAAUUGUGAUAUUAAUGCAUAUUGUUAUAGAUGUGUAC